CCGUUUUGCUACUUUGUUUUGAAGAGAUACAUUUUUUGAUUUUCCAAUUUUGAAUAAAUAACACGAUGGCGCUGGAUAGUGAGGAAGUGAAGUCAUGCAAUCAACCAAAGUCGUCUAGAUCAGUUCCUAUUCGGAUAAUCUUGGCGUUUCUUUUAAUAACUAUUACUACUGCCGUCUUAUUAGAAUUUGGAAUUCUGGAUAGCAAAUUAUGGAAAACUAAAAUAAUCAUUGAAUCGCAGCCCACUGAAGCAUCAGUUAAUAAUUAUCACAAAUUUGCAAUAUAUCCCCCUUUUACACCAUCAGAUAUACAUCUUUAUCAUGUAAUAGAAAUAUUGGAACAAAUGGGAUAUAAACAAACCUCUAUUAAUGAUGAGAGUUGGAACUUACUCUGGGCACAUGAAUACCCUUUUCAUAAAAUGGGAACAAGGAUGAAAAAUAUUUUACCACAUCAAAUUAUUAACCAUUUUCCUGGUAUAGGAUUCAUUACCAGCAAGGUUGAUCUAUCCACUGCCUCAUUACCAUUCAUGCCUAAAGCUUUCCGUUUGCCAGAGCAGCAGGCAGAAUUUAUAAAAUUUGCAAGGGACAAUCCCGAUUCCAUAUUUAUGGAGAAGAACAAUAAACACAGAUCCAUUAAAAUUCGACCUUUAAAUUCCAUAAACUUGAACGCGUCUGAUUGUUUUUUACAAGAAUAUGUUAAGAAUCCUUUUUUAGUAGAUGGACACAAAUUCGAUGUUGGAGUUUAUAUUGUACUGACGUCGGUUGAACCCUUAAUAGUAUAUAUGUAUACAGGAGACAUUUUGUUUCGUUACUGUCCGGAAAAAUACUAUCCAUUUAAUGCUAAAAAUAUUGAUAAAUAUGUCAUUGGAAAUGACUAUUUACCCACGUGGAAAGUUCCUUCUUUGGUAAAGUAUUUUGAAAGAUUUGGGGGAAGUAUGCGAUCUUCUUUCGAUGCAUAUGUACGAGAUCAAUCAAUAGACCCAUCUGUUAUUUGGGUGCAAGCUGAAGAAGUUGUACGUCAGACUAUCUUAUCCAAAAUAAAUAACAUUUCAAAAGCAAUGCAACCCUUUAAAAAUGGAAAAUAUUUUGAGCUCCUACGUUUCGAUUUAAUUGUUGAUGAUAAGUUACAAGUUCAUCUCAUGGAGGUUAAUAUGUCACCUAAUCUUUCAUCAUCACAUUUUAAACCUAAUGCUUUAUUAUACCAACAAAUUUUAUACAAUGUUUUAAACUUAGUUGGGGUUGGAUCACCUCUUCUAUCUGCUAAAAGAUUUUUUGAUGAAGAAGACAAAAUAACAUCGGAUAAAAGUAUUGCCGUAAAUCUGAAUGAUUGUGCUAAAUAUACGUGUCAUAAGUCGUGCAAUAAACCAGAGUGUGAUCUCUGUUUAUCCUGUUUGAAAGCGUCGGAAAUGAAUAUAUUAAGAAAGGCGCAUUAUGAACAUUUACAUAAAAUGGAAAUGAAGAGAAUAUUCCCGCAAGCAAUGGUUAACCCAGACCAAUUCAAAAUAAAAGUAGAAAUACAAAAUCUUUCCACGCGAGAUGGGUGGCUCACUCGAUGGUUCUAUCAAAAAUGUAAAGAUGACCGGAGUUGGUGUUAGUUAAGAAAAUUUUAUUUUAAAAUACUUAAGUCUUAAAGCACGAACACAUAGACUACGACAGGCGACAGGUAGCAUCUGUCAAAAAUUAAAAUACAUUACAAUACAGUAGUACGACUUCACGGCAGCAGGCUUGCAGUUUUCGCUGUCACUAAAUUAAAAUCAAUUCUAAUUUUGCCGACGACAAUGCAGCUUUAGUGUUACCACUAAUAUGUUCUAACAAAUCUAAUGUUAUUUGACCAAUAAAAGCAAAAAAUAGCACAUAUAUAUUAUUUGAAAUAACAAUUGAUAAUUUAAAAUAUUGGAGUGGAAGGUUUUAGUACGGCAACAAUGCCGUGCCGUCUUCAAAAUGUUUAAGAAGCUGGCUUCAAGCGGACAUUUGCCGACCAGAAAGUUUCACUGUCAUGCAGUCGUGUCGCGCCGUGGUCUUUGUGUUCAGAGCAUUAUAGUUGCAAUAUAUCCAAGUAUGGAGUUAUUUUGUAGUUAUAUCAUAUAUUAAAAAAGUGUAAACAACUUAUUAAACAUAUUUUACAUGCCUCACAAA